GCCAUUCGUUUCUUCGUCUGACAUCCCUAUCUCUUCUCCCAUCCCCUGGAGAACUUGUCCGCAGGCGCAGGCCCCGGUACCCCACACAGCUGGGAAAAGUGGAGCAAGGGGCGCGGCGCGCGGCGCAUUCAGAGUGACGACACACUUCAGGCUACACUUAUAGUACGUCACUUCCGGAACGCUUCCUUCCCGGAGCAUUGUGGGUAGCCGGCCGGGGUCUCCUGGCGACGACGAUGGCGGGGGAUGUGGGCGGUCGCAGCUGCACGGACUCGGAACUGCUGCUGCAUCCGGAGCUGCUGUCUCAGGAGUUCCUUCUCCUCACUCUAGAGCAGAAGAACAUAGCUGUUGAAAAUGACAUAAGAAUAAACAAAGACAAUCUUACUGACCUUUAUGUCCAGCAUGCGAUACCAUUGCCUCAGAGGGAUUUGCCAAAGAAUAGGUGGGGGAAAAUGAUGGAAAAGAAAAGAGAACAACAUGAGAUAAAAAAUGAGACCAAAAGGAGUAGCACUGUAGAUGGGUUAAGGAAAAGACCCCUCAUUGUAUUUGAUGGAAGUUCAACAAGUACAAGCAUAAAAGUGAAAAAGACAGAGAAUGGAGAUAAUGAUCGACUCAAGCCUCCCCCUCAGGCAAGCUUUACCAGUAAUGCCUUUCGAAAAUUAUCAAAUUCCUCUCCAAGUGUUUCACCCCUAAUUUUGUCUUCCAAUUUGCCUAUGAACAAUAAAACGGAACACAAUAAUAAUGACACUAAACAGAACCAUGACUUAACGCAUAGGAAAAGUCUUUUGGGCUCUGUGAAGUCACCACCUUUGUCCCCUGUUGGAACUACUCCAGUGAAGUUAAAGCGAGUUGCUCCUAAAGAAGAAGCAGAGGCAAUGAAUAACCUGAAACCCCCAGAAGCAAAGAGAAAGAUACAACAUGUCACAUGGCCAUGAAGGAAAGUUUCCAAAAAUAGCGCUGUGCCUUCUGAAGGUAUAUGGAUACUGCUUGUCUUGACAUGUCUUUCUCCGCAUAAUAAAGCAUGCUGAAUGAUGGGAAUCUGGAGCAGCGGCACUGGGAGUCUUAUGUUUUGAAGUGUUUUAGUUUGCUUGAAAGGUUAGAAAACUUGAUUUGAAUGGCAAACAACUUUAGAAUACCCUUUAGAGUAUCGUUUACUCACUAACAUGGGUUAAUACUGUCGCUCUUGAUUCUAUAUUCCAGUAAAGUCACCUUUUCUUAUUUUGAGGGUAGGCAAAUGAAGGGCAUUAGAGUCAGUGGGUGGCUUUGUAAGGGUACAGUUAUAGGCACUUUACCACUUCCUACCAUGUUCUUCCUACCACCUGGUCCUUGUUCUUUUCUUCCUCUCCCUCGUUGUUCCCUGUUUUC